CCUCCAUCGGCAGCCUGGUUCUUCCUAUUCCGUCCACCAGAUCGCCGUCUAAGAUCCAUCACGAAAGCCCGCGUCGGAUUAUUUCUUGAAGAGAGAGCAGAGUCAAUUGAACUCAUCUCGACUUCGAGGACUCCACCUUGUCGUGCGAUCGAAUUGCGACGCGUUUUGUGCAUGCGCGAAACCAAAAUCGAAUCGCCCUCUUGACGCGCCUUUCAAGACGAAAAACAAGCCCUUCCACUUGGCCGUCGAUUUGCAUACGCUACCUUUCACGUGUCAUUCGUUGCGCCGCCACAUUGGGACUUGCGUCGGCGAUACACGAGCUGCGUGCGUGUCGUCACCUGCACCUGGAAACAAGCCAAGCUCUUCGAUCCUGCUGUUGCUUGUGCGACACUGUUUCCAUUUUUGCACGCGAACUCAACGCAUCGGUCAACAUGAGUUCGGCGCGCGAAGGCGACCCAACCGAGGAGGAAAGCCUGCAAGUGCAAGGUCUCCAAGAUGACAGACUGGAAGGUGACAGGAUGCAAGAAGGCGGAGUGCACGAGGACCAUAUACCAGAGGAGAACAUCAAAGAAGAGGGAGCCCAGAAAGAGCGAGCCGAAGACGACCGACUGCAAGAUGAGCACCUGCCGGAUGAGGAUCUUUCAGGCGAACAGAUUCAAGACGCGCGAAUGCAGAAUGAGCGGAUCCAAAACUACCCCUCUCCCCAGAUGCCAGAAGAGCGAAUGCAAGAUGGCGACCGAAUGCAAAGCUAUCCAUCUCCCUCAGCUGAGGCACAGGAUACUGGCCCGUAUUAUCACGCCGGACCACGGGACGACACUCACCAAGACCAGCCUCAGCCGCCGGCUACACCGCAGCCACAACCUUCCCACUCCGCAAGUGUAGAAGAGUUGCAACUGGCUGCCCAGCUUGGCCAGGACCUGGCGGCAGAGCCCAUGAUGCACGUCACGGAUCCCAGCAUGAACGUCGAGGAUCCCAGCCUGCGCAGCAUCAUGCCUCACGCUCACGCCCAUUCGCAUCCGGAGCAACCUCAGCCCCAAACUCAAACUCAACCUCAACCUCAACCACAGCACCAGGUUCCCCCCCCUCCCCCCCCCCCCUCCUCCUCCUCCGCCGCCGCCGCCGCCGCCGCCGUCUCGGCCCUACGUGCCUGAAGAGGCCCUUUCUGA